UGGACAGGACAAGAUGAAAUCAUUGACUAAUCUCUUGCAGAAAUAUCCUUUGGGUGUUCAACGAAGUGGACCUUCUUUCCUCCGAUCACUGCAAAUCUGGAGGGUCAAAGAAGAUAACAAUGGCGGAAUUCCUGUGGACUUUUGCCGUGCAGGAACUGUUGAAGAAGACGGCGAGCCUUGCAGCACAGCAAUUAGGUUUGGCAUGGGGUUUCAAGAAGGACCUCUUGAAGAUGAGAGACUCUUUACUCAUGCUUCAUGCCAUCCUUCGCGAUGUGGACAGAAUAAAGUCAGAGUAUCCUGAAGUGAAGCCAUGGGUGGAGAAGCUUCAAGAUAUUGUAUUCGAAGCCGAUGUUUUACUCGACGAUCUUGCUUAUGAACGUCUUCGACGUAAGGUGGAAACCGGAAAAGAUGUGAUGGUACGUAAUUUCGUUUCUCUCUCCAAAAAUCCUCUCGUUUUUCGUCUCAAAAUGGCAAAUAGAAUUAAGGCGAUUUCUACAAUGUUGAAAGAGCAUUAUUCUGCGGCGAGUGUUGUUGGACUUGUUGCUAUAACAUCCAAAGAAAUUGAACCUGAUCUUAGUCAGAUUCAUGAGACGGAUUCGUUUCUUGACGAGUUUGGAGUAAUUGGAAGAGAUGAAGAAGUGUCGGAGAUAGUGAACAAGUUGAUUGAACUUAGAAAUAGUGAAGUACUGUCUGUUCUACCUAUUGUUGGUAUGGGCGGAUUAGGGAAAACAGCUGUGGCCAAGCUAAUCUUCAAUCAUGAAGUGAUUAGGUGGAAUUUUGAUAGAACUAUAUGGGUGUGUGUAUCUGAUCCUUUUGUUAUCAACAAGAUCUUAAGAGCAAUUUUAGAAACUCUUAAUCCCAAUUCUGGUGGAUUGGAAAGUAAGGAAGCUUUACUCCAAGAGAUCCAAAAAUGGUUGCAGGAAAAAAACUAUUUCCUUGUAUUGGAUGAUGUUUGGAAUGAGAAUCUUAGCCUCUGGAAUGAGUUAAAAGCUUGUCUGUUAAAGAUUACUCGAAAAUUCGGUAAUGUUGUUGUUGUGACUUCUAGGAGUGAAGAAGUUGCAAAGAUCAUGGAAACACAUUCGUGGCAUCGUUUGAAAAAGCUAUCGAAUGAUCAUUGUUGGUCUUUAUUUGAGAAAUGUGCAUUUGGAAGUGAUUCACCAACAAUUCCAAAGUUAGAUAUGAUACGAAAAGAGCUUGUUGAAAAUUUUUGUGGCAUACCGUUGGUUGUGAAAGUGUUAGGAGGAACAAUGAAAUUAUAUAAGAAUUAUGAGAGAUUACAAUCUCCAUUGAAAUAUUUAACGAGAAUUCCGUUGCAAGAUGAAAACCGUGUUUUAUCCACAAUAAAACUAAGUGUGGAUCGCCUACCAUCGCCUUCGUUAAAACAAUGUUUUGCCUAUUGUUCAAAUUUUCCUCAUGACUUCGAGUUUAGAAAGGAUUCACUUAUUCAAAUGUGGAUUGCACAAGGAUUCAUUCAACCACCUGAGGAAGUGAAUGUAACAAUGGAGGAUGUUGGAGACAAUUAUUUCAACAUUUUGUUAUCUCGCUCCCUGUUUCAAGAUGUUGUCAAGGAUAAGAGAGGAAGAGCUGUAUACUUUAAGAUGCAUGAUUUUAUACACGACGUAGCGAGUUCUAUUUCGAACGAUGGAAGAAAAAGAACACUUGAUUCUAGUAACGAACAUCUUAGAAAGUUGCACAUGUUAACAUUUGGUCGUCAUGUGUUUCACUCUGAGAUUGGAAACUUUACCUACUUGCGUGUUUUAAUUACGCAUUCAUCUUAUUUUAUACUUGAAUUACCAAAUUCAAUUGGUACAUUGAAGCAUUUGAGGUACAUUGACGUUUCAAAUUCUUCAAUAAGUAAGCUUCCCGAAUCUCUUGGUCUACUUUAUAAUUUGCAAACGUUGAAGCUUGGAAGAUUUGUUCAAGAUCUUCCAAGUAAUCUGAGAAACUUGAUCUGCUUAAGACAUUUAGAAUUCUACACUGAUCCUUCAAAUCAGUUUAAGCAAAUGCCUCCACAUUUGGGUCGAUUGAUUCAACUUCAAACAUUGUCUUGUUUUAUAGUUGGGUUACAUGAGGGAUAUAAGAUAGAUGAACUUGGAUCUCUGAAGAACCUUAAAGGUAAUUUAAGCCUCUAUUGUCUGGAAAGAGUAAAGAAUAAAAAGGAGGCCAUGGCUGCAAAAUUGGUGGAGAAGGAGAAAAUUUUUCAUCUAGAAUUCCAAUGGGGUUGGAAACAUGAAAGGGAAGGUGAUAAUUACAAUGAUUUAGAUGUUUUGGAAGGGCUUCAACCACACAAAAAUCUUCAAGCCUUAAGAAUUCGAAACUUUGCAGGUGAACUUCUACCGAGUAGAAUUUUUGUUGAAAACAUGGUCGAGAUAUAUCUACAUGACUGUGAGCGAUGUGAAACUUUACCAAUGCUUGGACAAUUAUCGAAACUCGAGAUACUCGAAAUUCGUAACUUACCUAGUGUAAGAAGAAUAGGGGACGAAUUCUAUGGGAAUUAUUUCAGAGAGAGGACUUUGUUCCUGAACUUGAAGUCAUUUCAUAUCUUUGAAAUGAAAAAUCUAGAGCACUGGGGAGAGAUAUCAUGUAUAUCAAACGAUACCAUGUUUCCUCAUCUUGAAAGCUUGAGCUUUAUUUGUUGUGGGAAAUUAAUGAACAUUCCAAAUUUUGUUGUAUCUUAUUGCAAGAGGUUGGAAGGUGAUGACGUUACUUCGAGGACGUUUCCGAGCUUUCGAGGUUGUGGAAAGCUUAGAUCUCUAAAGAUUUUGGGAUGCGAAAACUUGUCAAAACUACGGGACGGGUUAGAAUUCUGCAGUUCUGUUGAAAACUUGUGGAUAAGCAAUUUUUCAGAUCUGAAUUUGCAGAAUAUGCAAAGCUUGUGUUGUUUAAGUAUAAGAGAUUUUCAGAAGCUGCCUUAUGGGAUUGCCAGCCUACUUAACUUGAAAGACUUGAGUAUUCAUGGGGACUUGAAUAUUUAUGAUUGGAGUCCUCUCAUCCAUCUCAGAUCACUUGAGAAUCUUGUGUUGGCUCACUUGGGAAGCGAUGCAGCACAACUUCCUCAAGAACUCGAGCACCUCACUGCUUUGAGAUCACUGCAUAUUUCGCAUUUUGACGAUGUUGAAGCUUUACCAGAAUGGUUCGGAAACUUUACAUCGUUGGAGAUAUUGAAGCUUUAUAACUGCAGAAAUUUGAAAAACUUGCCUUCCCAGAAAGCGUUGUCGAAGCUCGUCAGGUUAAGUAGUCUACGAGUUUAUGGAUGUUCGCAGCUUGAACUUGGGAAAGGUUGUUUUGAACAGGUGAAAACUUCCAAUGGGAGCAUCGAGUUUGUACAAGAAAUCCAUACCCCUUUUUACUGGGCUAGAUUAGACCACCAUCGGGCCACUUAACUCAUUGGAAGCACCAUCACGUCUACAAGAAAAUAUGUUUAUUUAUCCACAUUACAAUUUUUCUUAACAAUAAAUUC